AUGCAGAACACAACAGAUCCAGAAUCUGCUAACUUCUCCUCUCCCCUCAAUACUGGACUUGCUGUGAAAGCUUUUCUGUCUAUGACCCCCUGCUUCCUCUUCCUGUAUGUCAAUAUAGUCAUGCUGGUCACGCUGAGGUCUAAAGAGCUCUUCUGUGAGACCCCACGCUACAUGCUGUUUGGUCAGUUGCUUUUGUCGGACUCUCUCCAGCUGUCUUCAAGCAUCAUGUCCUACCUGCUGGCCUUGGCCAGGUUAUACCUGGCCAGUUCUGGCUGUGCUCUGUACUACCUGGUCCAGAGGGUCAUCAACGCCAUCUCGCCACUGUUCCUGGCCCUCAUGUCCCUGGAGCGCUACGUGGCCGUCUGCUUCCCCCUGCGUCACGCCGAGAUCGCUAACAGGAGACGCACCACUGCGGCCAUCAUUGCUGUGUGGCUACUGGGCGUGCUCAUUUGGAGUGUGGAGCUGACCGCCAGCAUGAUGUUUGAGAUUCUCUCUCCCAACAAGCAGAUGUUCUGUUUAGACUACGGACAUGUCCAAAUGGAGAUCUCAUUCAGCAUCAGCCAGACGUUCACUGGCAUUAUAUUUACAUCUGUGAGUCUUGUAACAGUCUACACAUAUGUUGCCAUUUUAGUGACGGCCAGGUCAGCAACGUCUGACAGGACAUCGGCGAGUAAAGCUCACAGGACGAUCCUCCUCCACAUGGUCCAGCUGGCGCUGUGCCUGGCGUCCACCCUGUUCGGCGUGCUGCGGCGGGCCCUGGCUACGAGCAGGCUGCGGCCGGCGGUCGUAUAUCAGGUGCAGUACGUGCUGUUUGUGGGCGUCAUCAUCUUCCCCCGCUGCCUCAGCCCUUUCAUCUACGGCCUGCGAGAUAAAACCUUCUGUGCCGUUUUUAAAUACGUUGUUUUUUUCUGCAUGAAAAGAAAAGUAGAGCCGCAAACAUGUGUCAUUUAG